AUGACUAAAGCAGGCCUACUUCACUUACCAAGACUAUCAGACUCACUGUUGACACAGGCUCUACAGUUUCCAUACUGCCUCAGCAGACUUACGAAGAAUACUUCGGACUGUGGAACCACGGACUGUGGAACCACCGGGACCACAGACUGUGGGACCACAGGCUGUGGAACCACAGACUGUGGAACCACGGACUGUGGAACCACCGGGACCACGGACGGUGUGACCACGUACUGUGGGACCACCGGUACCACGGACUGUGGGACCACGGACUGUGGAACCACCGGGACCACGGACUGUGGAACCACCGGGAUCACGGACUGUGUGACCACGUACUGUGGGACCACCGGUACCACGGACUGUGGGACCACGGACUGUGGAACCACCGGGACCACGGACUGUGGGAACACAGACUGUGGAACCACUGGGACCACGGACUGUGGGACCACCGGAUGUGGAACCACUGGGACCACGGACUGUUGGACCACCGGGACCACAGACUGUGGGACCACGGACUGUGGAACCACGGACUGUGGAACCAACGGGACCACGGACUGUGGGACCACGGAGUGUGGAACCACCGGGACCACAGACUGUGGGACCACCAGGACCACGGACUGUGGGACCACGGACUGUGGAACCACGGACUGUGGAACCACCGGGACCAUGGACUGUGGGACCACGGAGUGUGGAACCACCGGGACCACGGACUGUGGGACCACCAGGACCACGGACUGUGGGACCACGGGCUGUGGAACCACCGGGACCACGGACUGUGGAACCACGGACUGUGGGACCACGGGCUGUGGGACCACGGACUGUGGAACCACGGACUGUGGGACCACGGGCUGUGGAACCACCGGGACCACGGACUGUGGAACCGCGGACUGUGGGACCACGGGCUGUGGAACCACCGGGACCACGGACUGUGGGACCACGGACUGUGGGACCAUGGACUGUGGAACCACCGGGUGUGGAGCCACCGGGACCACGGUUAAUCUCAGUUGA